AUGAGGCGCGUCGGCCGCACCGCCGCUUGGAGGCGCCGGCCCACUGCGGGCAAGCGCACAGAGCCGCUCGAGCAGACGGCAGCACCGCGUGGUUGGGCCGGUGUGCGGUGGGAAGCGACGACGCUCGCCAUCGCCAAACGCAAAUCGCUUUUUGCCGAGCCACAGCGUGGACAGAGAAAGAGGGGCUCGACGCGUGAGCUGUGGGCGCCGGCCGAGGCUCUGCAGCCGGGCCCGGCUCGUUGCUCAUUUUGCUACAGAACGCACGCGUCCGUUUUUGCCAAUGCUGCUCGAGCGGGCUCCGAUGUGCGUCGACGAUCAGCUGCCAACGUGUCAAAGGGCCCAUUGUGUGCCAGCCCGAGCCCUGAUGCGGGCGUGCGUCGGCUCGAGCUCCAUCCCGCCCGAGUGCAUGCCGAGCGCAGAGACAGCAGCAUGCUCAUGCCAGGCCAUCCCAGCAUGCACGGAUGGCAUGCGUCGGCACUGCCGCACUACGGCAUCCAAUCCACCAACAAAGCCAAUCCUGCCUUAGCUUAG